CACGUGUAUAUCGUCAAUCGUCUUGUAUGACUACAUAGAUACCGGAAGUUGCUAAAUGUUAGCAAUAAAACAGGAUUGUAACUUAUUUCAAAGUAAAUAGCAAAUUCGCCGGGAAUAUAGAGAUUUUAUUUUGCCGAGCAGUAGUGUGUGUAACAUACACGGAUGAUGUGAUGACUGACAGUCCUGAUAAUGCAGUACUUAUAGAUAUGAAGCUGGGAAUAUAAUUAUGGCAAUUUAGUGUCAUUAGACCACCUAAAUGCAUGUUUUGGGGGAAAUGGGUAGAAACCAGUGCAAACCCACAUGGAAACAGGAAGAGCAUGUGAAACUGCACACGGUAAAAAGAGCACAGAAACACAGCUCAGGCCUGAAUGUGCAGGGACAAGAUGGAGGUUCCCUCGUAUCACUCCAAGCUGUUAUGUGAGCUGAAUGAACAGCGUAAGAGGGAUUUCUUCUGUGACUGCAGCGUCAUCGUGGAGGGCCGUGUGUUCAAGGCGCACAGAAACAUCCUGUUUGCCAGCAGCGGAUAUUUCCGGGCUCUGCUUGUGCAUUAUUUGCAGGAUAGCAGCCACAGGCACAGCACAGCUUCUCUGGACAUUGUCACAGCAGAUGCCUUUUCACUUAUACUGGAGUUUCUGUACUCUGGUCGUCUCGACCUGCGCACUGACAAUGUGAUUGAGAUCAUGUCCGCUGCCAGCUACCUGCAGAUGACUGAUGUGGUGAACUUUUGCAAAGGCUACAUCAAAUCAUCAUUGGAGAUCUGUAACAGAGAGAAGGAGAAGCAGAAAGAAAUGGGCAGAGAGAGAGAAGGACCUGCUGAUAGCGGGACGCCUGCAUCAGUCUCAAGUGUUCCUGCAGCGUCCACUUCUCAAGCAGAUAGAGGAACCCCACAGAGUAUGGAGAUGCCCACGUCUGUUGAGGCGUCCUCCGAUAUUCCCUCCACACCAGCUGCUACCAGCAGCAAAGACUCAGAGAGCGAGAGCUCACAGGGAGGCUUCUCAAGCCAGCCAGCCACCAAUGGUGCUGUUAAGAGCAACCCAGCGCAAGACGUAAUCAACCCAUCAUCUUCAGGGAUGCUUAUCGUGCCAGUGCACACCAAGAUUAAAUUUGACCCUGAUGAAGAAGGUGAGUGUUCACUUGAAGCCAAGGACAUGGACCUGUACGAAAACCCGAACAACAGUGAAGACAGAACUCUCAGCUCAAGUCCUGCAACAAGCAGCGAGCCAACAUCACUGCCUCCGUACCCCAAUUAUCAGAUGAAGCAGUAUGUAGAUGUGCUGCUACGUGGAGGAACCAGCUCUCAUCGUGAAGAGCUAGUUUCUCACUUUGGCCACGGUAUGGGAAGCAGUAAUAUGAUGGGUAGAGUUGAUGAAGGACUAGGUCAUGGAGGAUCCUGCAGUAUGGAGAUCCAAAAUGACUGGUAUGUGGAGGAUGCAGUUAAAUUCCAAGGGCUUAAUCAUAAAAUGACAGUUUUCUACUCAGGGAGGCUGCAUAAGUGUCCGUUCUGCCCGUAUACAACCAAACAGAAGGGUAUUCUGAAGAGGCACAUCCGCUGUCACACGGGGGAGAGGCCGUACCCGUGUGAGAUCUGCGGAAAGCGUUUCACUCGACAGGAGCAUCUGCGCACACACGCUGUUACUGUCCAUCGUGCGACCUGGCCCAUCGUGUGUAAGGGCUGCCGGCGUGUCUUCUCUGGGGCCGUAUCUCAGGGUCUGAAGCGCUUCGGCCUUUGUGAUAAUUGUACUUGCGUCACUACAACUAACGAGGACUCUCCUUCCAUGAACCUGAGCAGUCAGUCUGUGGGUGGGGAACAGGCCACGACAGACUCUGAUUGGCCCAUCUUCAUGGUGGAUGGGGAUGAGGAGCCCAGUGCAGGCGCUGGGGAAGUAGAUGAUAAGAAGGACCUUCAUAGGCAGCUUGCAGAGGGAGGAAGUCUCCUGUAGACUUUGAAAAACAUACUGAGGUUUCUGAUGGCUUCUUCUUUCAUUCACUAUACUAAAGGUUUAGUAAACAGACCAAGAGGUCAAGUCUUGGCAAGACGGACGUUACAGAGAACCUGCUGGUACACACUACAGCAGUAAGCGUAUCAACAGAUCCUGAUUUUCAUUGUUCUGGGGAAACAUCUUGUUUGGCCUAAUGCCAAUUAGUGAGACUACUUAAAGUUAGAACUGAUCUGUAAUCAUGUUUACGGGUAUGCAGUCUUUAAGAACCAAACUUCCACACCUUGUCUGGAAUCGAUUAUAAAUGGUUAAUACGAUUUAGUAAUUAUCAAAUGACAACUUUGGUACAUCAGUAAGUAUAUGAAUUUUGAUAAUGCCAUUAACAUGGACAUCUUAAAUCUGCACAUAUUUAGAGAUUGUCUAGAGUGAUCAUACAUAUGUACGCCCAAUCCUAAGAGAAUCUUAAUUACUAUAACACUAGACAAGUUCUAUGGAUAUUUCUACCUAUAUGUAGGUUUCUGAGACUGAAAUUCUGACUAGCUGGAGAGAUACAGCAUCAUAAAUUUCAUUAUAACAAAAAGCAUUUCAUAAAAAUUGUGUUUGGGCCCCAGGGGUCCUUAAAGCAUAGCUAGGAGGUCAACAACUUUUGUUUUAUUUUAUUACACCUCACCAUGGUCAAAGUUAUCGAGCCUAUAAAUAAUGCUGAAUGGAAUCUAAUGAUAAUUGUGAUAAAAAAUAUUCUAUUGGUGGACAUAAAAACAUCUUUAAAUAGUGUAAAUCAUUACUGUACACAUUAAAACAAUGUGGCAAGUCAUUCAUUCAUCAUUCAUUCAUUAAUAUUGAUAAAAUCUAUCUGUGCUGAGGUGAUUAUUAUUAUUUUUUAAGACCGGUAUCCUUGACUAUAAAAUGUUUUUUGUGAACAAAACAUUUCUCUUUGAAAACGGAAAUGUGAGAUUAUUAAAUUUGGCUAAAUCAUCAGGCAAGUGUUCAAUAUUUUUCUCAUUUAAAUUGUUUAUCUUGCUUAUGGGGUUUAAAGAAUCAUGAAAAAAUGCUCAAUUUAUAAAUCACAAUUGUUUAUCAUAAUUAUUUAGAUAAUUUAAGUAGAAAAUUUUGCACUUUAUCAGUUAAACAGAAAACUGUCUUUAUCCAUAUUGCUUUAAAUAUUUCUUUUAAUUGUAUACAUCUUUUAAUCAACAUAAAACAUAAUCCUGGUAAUAUUAAUAUAACUUUGUUUUUUGUUUUUUUAAAGUACUAUUAAACUGAAAGAAAUUUAACAAGGUACCAGAGUUUGUAAUCAUGGCUGUCUCAGAUCUGCCCUGCUUUUGUCUAGUGCUCUUUAGAUUUGUGCGUGAAUGAAAUCGCUGCGUUUGAAACGAGGCUUGCAAAAUCUGUCUGAACGGGUUGUGGCUGACCGUUAAAUCACACACCACACUCAGUCUUUAGUCUAAUGACUUGUACAGCCCUAUUCUGCUGGAUGUUUCUACAGUGCAAAUUGUGAUGAGUGUUUCAGUCAUUAAGAGUUUUGUGCAGCAUUUACAGCAGCCUUCAAUGACAUUUGGGACCAGAACUGUUACUGCGUCAAUCAUAAAACCCACAAGUCUCACUGAAAGGAGAACUGUUAUUUAUGGGUCAAUGUUAAAGCAGGGAAGCAACGUAUGACCAAAGUGCAAAUGUUUUCUCACUUUUAAUUUUUAUUUAUGUUUGUAUGUAACUUUUGCUCACCUGUGAACACAAAAGGUUGCAGCUUUAUAUUAAAUAAAAUGCAAUGAAAAUAAAUGCUGUAUUACUGUAAUACUGAUCUUCAGUGUAUUCACAUGAAUUCAUUGUACUCUGUUCAGUUCAGGAUCAGAUCCUUUCAGUACAAUCUUUGUCAAUAUAUUUGUAUUUUUAUGUAUGUAUUUAAAUUAAUACAUGAAAUAUGUAAAUAUGGACGUCUAACGCUGUGUAAGACUAAAACUCCUAACUCAGGACUUCCUUUUUCUGUGUAGGAAAAUCCAGACAGAAAAUGUCCCUUAACUCUGACUUCCUAAAAUGUCAGGCAGGUUUCCAGAACCUCAAAUUCAGCAUGUGAUGUCAACAUUUGUGCUUAUAUCAGCAGUAAACACUACUUAUUUAUGGUGUAUACACUAUUAUUCUUUUUAUUUAUUUAUUUGUUUAUUUUUUAGAUCAAUCACCAUACAGACAUUUACAUGUCAAACCUAGAACAUUGACUACAGUCUGUUGUUCUGAGUAGGUAAAUAUACCUCACUGUUUACACUUAGCUGGAAAUAUUGUUGCUAACAAAAGAUCCAUUUCAUCAACCUUUCUGUACAUUCAUUGUGCAUUGUUUCUUCAUUUUGUUGGUCGAACACACGAAGAUGUAAAAUGCUGUGAUUCUGCGUCACAAGUUCCCACUUCUGAAUGUAGUCGAGUGCAGAAUAAAGCAACGUUUUAAUGUUA